CACAUAAUCUCGCAAAGUGACAACAUUAAACAAAAGCGGAUCACGGUCACACACCACUGUCGGACACGCAAACGUGAAACAACAACUAUCUCUUCGUCUUCAAAUCAUUAUCAUCCCCAAAUCCAAACCCGCCAGAAAAGGUUCAGUAUUUUAGGGUUUCCCCUCGAAGAACAAUGGGCGGCCAUGGAGCUGUGGAGGUUGCCAAGACGGUCCUUGAAGUCGCCGACGUCGCGUGGACCGCCAUGGAAUGUUGCCACCACCACCACCACCACCACCAACACGACGAUGAUUCCCCCGAAAACCAUGACGAUUCCAAGCUCGAAAAAGAAUUGGAAACCCUAAAAUCCGAAAAUCGACGUCUCAGGAAUCUUCUCGAACAAAACCUAAAACUCCUCAACAAUCUAUCUGAAUCUCCUGCUGUAUUGAACGAUUGUCCUCCAGACCUCUAUGCUCGGUUGGUAUCUACCGUGGAUUCUAAAGAUUUUUUGACCCGACUCAAAUCUCUUAACGAAUCCAAUACCCAAGUUGAGUUUCCAUUCAAGGAAGCUACAGGGGAUGAUAUGCAUUCAGCUGAAAUUCUGAUAAACGUUGACCAAAAGGAGCCGAGUUGGUGGGUAUGGGUAACUGAUGAAAUGGUUCCAAGCAAUGUUGAAGAGUGGAGUGGAAUUGAUGAUGAGAAUUACAUUGUUGUUAGUGAGGAGCAUGUUGUGGAUGGGGUCGCUAACUUUAUGGCUAAAUGCAUUUUGUCCAACCCUAAAGCUCAGACUUUGACACCAGAAGAACUGCAGAAAACUCUGCUGAAAGCAUUAGGUGGUGUCAGCAAAUUGGAAAAGGUUUUGGGCAUUUGGCAUGCUGGAAAAUUGUUCUAUGCCUUGUCAACCUGGGGUCUUGCACUGGCUGGGUUAUAUAGGACACGUACUGUACUGAAACUUGCUGCAAUGGGCAUCAACACAUCCAGCAAAGUUGUAAUGAGGGCUCUAUGAAUUGAUUGCUGUAUGGCAGAGAAAAAGUCUGUUUAACUAUAUUAGUGCUUGGGGAUUCUUGCUUAAUUUGUUAAGUCAUUGUUGGUGUAAAUGUAAAUAUUGUAAAUACGUUUGAAUUGGUACCACGCCUUUAAUGGAUAAUUGGAUUGAUUCACCCCA